AGAAAAAUAAGUAGAACUAAAUUAAUUGUUUAUUUAAUUAACAAGCCAAAUAUGAAAGACAUAAGCAGUAAAAGCAAAUAAAAUAUAAUUAGAAGCCUAAUUAAGAAGAGCAAUAACUUCUUAGAGAAUUUUAAAAUCGACAAUUAGAAAUCUUUAGUAAACUCAAGCAAUAUGAAUUAAUCGUGCUUAACUCCAUCUAAGUAAAAUGCUAAUGUUAUUCGCAGAAACUUUUCCUUCAAUAACAAUAAUUUAAAGCAAAAUGAGGAAAAUUAGGUUUAGAGAGUGCAAAUUCCAAGUAAUACAGAUGAAAAAUUUGUGAGGUAUGAAGAUAAAAUAUAAAUAAAUUCUUAGAAUCUGCAAUAAUACCUUUUGAGAGAAUAAGAAAGCAUACUAAAUAUAUAAAAAACAAGUAAGCGUUUUCCAUCUGAUGUUAUGCAUUAAAACAAUAUUACUUCAUCUCAAAGUUAAAUUUAGCAAGCUGCAUUAUAACAAACGGGAAAAAUUCCAAUUAAAACAUAAUAGCUAUGA